AUGGACGGAUUAUUCAUUAUAGGACAUCAGAAUAUUAUCCUGUACCAGGACUACAAUGAAUCCCUACGGGAUAAAUUUAUAGAGCUGGGAAAAGCCAAUGGAUUGCUCGAGGAGAAUUUUGAGGAACGUGAACUUGAUAGUGAUGUUGUAAUGCAACUCCUUAAUCCCAUUGUCACCUCCCAGCGCAUAAUGUGCAGUCAAUUUGACAAUAGGUACACAAGAUUGGAGACAAUGGGGGAUCUUGGGGUACACUAUGAUGAGCUCUUUGGUUUCCUCUACCUCAAAAUGGGAUCCGGAGAUGUGAUAAAAGAGAAGAAGAUCCUCACAGCAUGCAGGGAAUUUAGUAGAUUAAUCUGUGGCCCCGAUAUACAACUCUUGCGAAUGGAUUAUGAGAAGAAUAACCUCCUGAGGAAUCUCAUGAAGAUAUGGAUGGAAUUGGAUGCGGAAGAUCAGGCGACGCAUUUGGAGAGAGUGGAGUAUAUGGUGGUGUCGCGAGAGAUGAGAAAUCAAGUUUUCGCAAAAAUCCAAGAUAGCCUGAAGAAUCUCAAGGAGGAACCACAUUUCGUUCACUACCAUGGCUUCCUCUUUAGCCGCGGGAAGCUCUUGACGGUGUACUCCAAUCGUGGUGCUAAGGAUGUCUCCCCGCGGGAUUUGUUUCACAUUAAAAUCCUUGGGACACAGGUGGGUGGCUCCUCAAGUUGCCACCUAAUCUACCUGACGGGUGUCCAGCACUUCUGCUUGCCGCACAUUCUCUUCAGCUAUCGCAUAUCAAACACCCUCAUCUUCCAGCUGGUUAUUGAGUAUGACAAUUCCGACGUGGCUGAUGUGAUUUUCAAUACCCUAACAUUCCUCUGCAAGAUCCACAACUACCCCCUGGAUGCUGAUAAUAUUAAACAGAUGAUUGACAGGAGUGACAUGGCCAUUAAGCAAAUUCUCGAGGCACUGCGCAACAAUAAGCUGGCAAAAGUUGAGGCAGAACGCAUGGGGAAGAGUGUUGAUAUGCGUUGGAGUGGGAUGAAGAAGAAAUUCAAUGAAUUGGCGAAGAAUUCAUCCUAUCGUGAGGUCACAAAGUUCUUUGAGGCCUCCCUCCCAGGACUAAUUGAUUGUUUAAAGCUCCUCUUCAAAACCCUCUUCUUCGACACCUUCCUCACCCUUUCAUCAAACACUCUUCUAAUGGAAGCGUCUGCUGUGUUGAAAUCCCAUCUCGAUGGCGGAAUUGUCAGUGAAUCCGCACUUGAACAACAAAAAGCCGCCAUGAAGGCCUACAUCGAUGAAUACCCUGGGCUCAUUCAUUUUGUUUUCGUCGACAACACCGAUGGUAGGAUUAUUUCACCUGAACGCAAUUGGGAUGACACCCGCCUGCUGUCCAGGGAGAAAUUCUUCAGUACAAUCGAUCUCAUUGCGAAGUACAAGAAAAAGGGACGAAGUUCAGUCAUUUGGAAGGGCCCCGAACUCUGUUUCUCCUUCUUCACGUGGUACGAAGAUGAAUGUGGGCAAUACUUGGAUCCAAAGGAGGUGUCCGCAUGCCCGGAAAAUCCCACAGCAUCGGCAAAUUACUAUCAGAAAAUCACCGAAACCCUCUUUCAGCGCACCACCACUGUACAACGAAUUAAAUCCUACGAUCUCUACCUCAUCCACCUUGGGCUUGUCAACUCAAAUCUCUGCCUUGAGCACUCACGUCGCAUUUCUAUGACCAUAAAUGACAUAAUGGGUUCUGGAGGGAAUCCCCUGGAUAUCCUCUAAAUUUCCUACGAGACUUCCGGAUAAUUUAGUUUUCUUUCAAUUUAUCCUUCAGGAUUUUUUUUACAUAUAAUAAACAUUCCCCCAGCACAUUCUCUUGCAUAUCUUGCCCCCAUGAGCCACCAAAGGGCGUUUAAUUGUACAUACAUUCCAAUACCUAAGUUUUGAGGAAACCUAAGAUUUGUGCCAAAAUAAGAUCAAAAAUAAUUUGUAAUGCAAAAGAUUGGAGAUUUUAUGUAGAUUGUACGAAGAAAAAAUUAAAUAAAAUCGCUUUAAAUAAUGC